AUGGCGUUUAGUGGGCCGCUUUUCGGGUCUGUGGCGGCGUGUCUUGUACUGCUGCUCAUUUCGGCCAGCAGUAUUAACUGCCAACCAGUCGCUCUGCCGGAUAUUUCAUCGUACGAUAACGUGGCGAUGUUGAGCGACGGAUUCGAGCUGCACUGGAGCGUGAACGACACUGCAGCAACGAUUAGCAUUGCCGCGAAGGCUCAGACCGCCGGAUGGCUCGCUAUAGGCCUCUCCGAAGUUGGCACGAUGGUAGGAUCUGAUGUUCUUGUCGCAUGGGUCGCAGAGGGGCGCGUGUAUGUGACUGAUCGGUUCAUCUUCAACAAGUCGGUGGAAGGCGUCGCAUUGGACGACCAGCAAGACUGGCGCGUUCUGGGUGGCUUCCAAACCACGGACCAAUCCACGGGCGACACGUGGACCACCGUGCACGUGUGGCGCCAGCUGGGCACUGGCGACUGCAACGACCGCCCCGUCGUCGCCGGGCGACUGCAGAACGUCAUCUGGGCGACGGGCGAAACCAACGAAUUUGGUUACCAUGGGACGUCAUCUCGUGGCUCCGCGGCGCUCGUGCUGCUCCCCGCGCCAGCCCCCUCCAUCCUUGCACCCCCGUCGCCCCCUUCCGCCUCUUCCGCGUCCGCGGAAGCGGGCAGUCAGCGCGCCGCGGAUCUCGGGCAGGCGAGCGGGCAGGUGAACGGGCAGGAGCAGCAGCUGAACUGGACUCUGAGCAACUUCGCAGUGCCUGCUGAUAACGCCACGACUUAUGUGUGCAAGACGUUUGACUUGCCAUUCACCAGCAAGGUGCACAUAACAGAGUUUGGUGUGCUCCUCAACUCCACCUAUCCGCCCUCCGUGCAUCACGCCAUUGUCUAUGGCUGCUCCGAGGCGGAAUACCCAAACAUAGCCAAAGUCAAGGGUCAAUUUGAUUGCAUCACCGCACCCCCCCCCUGCCUCACAACCAUUGCCAUGUGGGCUAUAGGCGGCCGCCCCUUUGUCUACCCCGAUGGGGUGGGCUACCCUGUGGGGCCCAGUUACUUCACCAGAUUCGUGCUCCAGGUGCACCUGAACAAUCCUGAUCUGCGUGCCGACAUCGUUGAUAACUCCGGGUUCUACCUCAGGAUAGCUGAACCCCCUCGCCCCACGGACGCCGGCAUCAUGCUCACGGGUCCGGUGGAUUACACCUCGCUCAUCCGCAUCCCCCCCAGCAUGCCCUCGUGGACCCAAACCACCACGUGCCCUAGCGCGUGCACGGCUGCUGUUCUGCGGAAUGCGAGUGGAGUGACGGUGAUUGGGUCGGGCUUGCACUUGCACAUGUUGGGAAGGCAGCUGUAUACAGAAGCGUACAGGGGAGGGAAGAAGGUUGCCGAGAUUGAUCGGCUCGAUUACUAUGAUUCCAAUUCGCAGCAAGUGCAGCCCAUCUACCCGCACUACCAGCUGCUUCCAGGGGACGAGCUCAAGACCACGUGUGUGUGGGACUCCUCCUCCCGCUCCCAGGCGACACCUGGCGGCCCAUCCACGAGUGAUGAGAUGUGUGUAGAUUACCUCAUCUACUAUCCAGCCAGGCCGACCCAAGUGCUCGGUUCGUGCUUUGACUUCUGUGCGGCAUUCAACACUGUCAACAACACAUUUGACAUGAACCCUAUGAACCCCAACCUCACCACCUUUUACUUUUGCGGUGGCCUUGAGAACCCCUACGUGCCCUCAACACAAAAGUGCAACAUCAGCCAUGGCGCCAAUGUGCCUUUCAAGGCUCUCACCGGCUGCCCUGCUAAGACUGCUGGCUCUUUGGCUGACCUUUCAAGCAGCGCCAUUUCAGUCCCAGUGUCAUCGCCCGCUAACACCACGGCACCACCUUCUCCUGCUAGCCCUCCCAACAACACGACUGGCAGCACCAACGCUACCAAGGCCGCUCCAGCGUUAUUUGUCAAGGUCUCUGUGGGACUCUUUUGUGUCUUCUCUGUUCUCAUUGUGGCGUUGUAG